AUGGAUCACGUUAUCAAAAAAAUUUUGCCGCAAAUUCUUGUAACUCAUCAAAAAUAUUUCAGGAGUCUGGGAGGAUGCUAUUAUCUAUCUUCAAAAACCGUACUUUCAAAUAUGGCUUUGCUGUUGAAAUCCGGUGACAAAGAAGAUUGUAUCCCAGAAAAUAACGACCCCUUUAGGUUACUACUAGAUAGUAAUCUCAUUCAUAAGAAAUCCAUUACCAAGUGUCAUUCUCUGACUUUACACAAUGGUUCGAUACUGCCAAACAUGGAACACUUUUCUAAAAACAAGAGCCACUAUGAAGAGUUUAUUGAAUGGAUUGACAAGCCCGAUUUUGACAUAAAAUCUGAAAAAUUUAAAACCCUUAUAUCUGGUAUGUUGGAAAACUUACAUUUAAUAAGUGGAGAACAUCUUGUCAAUAUCAUCAAUCGACUUUGCCUAAACGGAGAGAAAACAAAACAAGUGGAGUGCCUAGUUGCUAAAUUGGAUCAAAAGUGUUGUGAAAAUUCAAGAAAGUGGGACAAAAGUAUUUACAUUGCAGCAGCUUGGAGCUUUUUCCAACUCAAAUCUUACAGUGCAUUUAAUCUACAGAAAAAAAUGGUGAUGGAUUUAGCUGGUGUUGUAAAACAAAUGAGUUCUCAAGAACUGAUAAUGUAUUUGGUAAUUCUAAAACAAUUCCGAAGAUUUCCGAGAAAGAUUAAUAAAGCAGACAUAGAGAUUCGACUAAACGAAGUGCUAGAUAAUGUUUCAAUUGAAGAUCUAGGGCUGGCCUGUUUAGCGUUUUUUGAGUGCAAUGAAGCUGUCCAAAACACUGAACUUGUUGGGCGGCUAGUAGAAAGGCUUCUUAUUGAUGCAAACUCAACGGACGAAAAAACAGUAGGAUCUAUGUUAAAGCUUUUCCGAAGAAGUAGUACGGACUCCGGAAACUUUGCCAAACAAGUCCUGGAUAUUCAACCAAGACUUUGCGAUCUUGUUCAUCGCUGGAAUCCUAAAGUGCUUAUACAAUUAAUAGCCGUCGGUAGCAACAUAUUGUUUUUUCAUCACGCCACCAUCGAGCGUGUCGCAAGAAAAAUUCUUACAUGUCUGAAUGAAGCCCGACUUAAAGAUCUAGAGCGAUUAGCGAUGGCUAUUGCCAUUUCGUGUCACCAGUCUCCCAGUGGUAAUUCUUUCUGGGAUGGGUUAGAAAAAGAACUUACUACGGUAGAAAGGCAGAACGAAAUCUACCAGUAUCCUAAUGCAUUUAUUUCUCUAGUCAGUUACGCCAUUAUAGCGAAUCGAUACCUUGAGCAAUUGCUACGCAUUGCGUUAAAUCCAGAUUUUGUGGAAAUCGCCAAGAAUUUUUCAGACCAGUCGUCCUAUAACAGUACGAAACGUGAAUUGCUGCUCGUAAACUGCUCGCUUAAUAUAGAAAUGCCUGGAUACGACGGGCCAAGAUUGUGCACGAACGACGCGCAAACAUUUGAAAAGCUUUAUAGGAAACCCAUACCGAGUGUUGAAAAGGGGAACAAUUUUACUAAUCACGAAGCAUUCCUUCUUUUGUUGUUGGAUACCGUACGAAAAAUUCUUGGGGAGAAGAAUUCUGCGUCGUUGGUUUAUCUCCAGCCUCAUUUUGUCACACCAGAUAUCGUUUUUAAAAUGGAUGGCCAUGAUGAAAAAAAUACCGUAAUGUCGUAUGGCAACUGUAAAGUUCAGCGUUUUGCUUUGAUAGGAGGUUCUAGAAACAUGUAUUCGAGAUUCAGCGAUCAUCCUAUGGGUCCAUUAAGUAUGAAAAUUCGUCAAAUUGAAACCAUGGGUUACCGUGUUAUUGUCAUCCCCUGGUUUGAAUUUCUAAAGAGGAGCAAAAGUGACCGUUUAGCGCUCAUCAGCCACAGAAUCCGCCUUAAAAUAAAUGACAGAAAAAUCUGAUAACAGACUUGGCCUUUGCUGUAUUAAUAAAGGUAAUUAGAACUAAUGAUUUUUAAAGGACAAAAUGCCGGCAGAUACAAAUUCCUCCCUGUGUGCGGUAGUUCUAAAAAUUUUAUGCAUGGGUUAUUUUUACAUUUAAUGGACAAAGAUACCAUGCAAUGUUGUAUACAAUCUUUGUAUUUAUCGGUUCAUCAGAUGUAUUGGAAUGCUUUCCAAUUAUUAAUUUAACUCUUUUGGGUAUAGAUCCCCAAACUUUCAGCGUGCAAUGCCGAUGCUCAACUGUUGAGCCAUAAGUUACAUUUAAUUUUGCACUAAUAUUAGAAGGCAAGAAUAAAAAGGCAAUUUUUCUAGGCUCGUAAAAAUAUAUGCUAACCUGAAAAUUUUGUAUUCAAGGGUCAUAGCUUUGUGGUAGAACGUUGGUUUACGGAUCCAAAGGUCUCGGGUUCAAAUCCCUGCUAAAGCUUAGUAAAUUAAUUGUAAAUGUAAACUCUAAUUUCAUUACGUUCCUAUUAGAUGGAUUUAUAUGUCAAUAACACGCAAGGAAAAUUAUUCUAAGUCCAAAUUGUUGAACUCAAUUAACAUGAAAAUAUAAAAAAAUUAUUUAUAUGUCUUAUGGCUCAGUGGUAGAGCAUCGGCGUGGUAUGCCGAAGGAUAAAGGUUCAAAUCCUGAAAGAGUCGAAAGAAUUUCUACAUUAGACAGCAGGUCCAGUUGAAUGAAAAUAUAUAUCAAUAUUAUGUAUAAUUAAUAUUGACCAAGCAAUAUGUGUGAGAUCUCUCGGCAGAAAAUGCCAAUGGUUAAAGUCCGUUGUCAAGUAACAGAAUACGCAUUCAGGCCGAUGGAUCAAAAUGAACAAUUUAUAAAAAUUUGUUAUUGGGUAUUAUAUUAAACAUUGCCAAAAUAUCCGUCCCAUUACUUCGUAAUGGGGAAAGUUUCUCGACCCGACUGGCGACGUGGAAGGUGAACACCUGGGAAGGUUGGAGGCCCUGGACAUCGAGAACCUUCGUGGAGUUGAACCACGGACCUUGGAGUUGCUAGUCGGAUGCGAUACCUUCCUGGCAACCCCCCCUAUAUCCCCCCCAAUGAUAUUUGAUCCCCUAUGUACAACUUUACACAGUUACCUUAAUGUGUUAAAGACUUAGAUUUUCAAGUAAUAUCCCUCGUAGCUUAAUGGUAUAGCGCUGGACUGGAAUACUCUUUACCAUGGGUUCGAACCCCAUUCAAGUGAUGUGAUGAUGAUGAUUCAGUGUCAGUGAUGUAUGAUGAUGGAUUGCUUGAAGUAGUAUAGAUUGUGAAAUGUUAUUUAACUAUAAUGUAAAUCAUUCUAAUUGUUUUUUAUUAACAAACAGUAAAUUGAAACGGAUUUAUCAUCAUAGUAAGUGUACAACUAUAAGUUCUUCAUCGGAGAUGUAAUAUUCCAGUAUAUGCACCCAAUAGCACCGUUGGAGAACAUUUCACAAUGCUACACGGAGAAUAACUUGACUCUUUUGGGAAUCGAACCCUAUAUCUUCGACGUACCAUGCCGAUGCUCUACCACUGAGCCAUAAGUCAUGAACGUAAGUUUUAAUAUUUUCAUGUUAAUUGAGUUCAACAAAUUUGGACUUAGAAUAAUUUUUCUAGUGUGAUUCAAGAUAAUUAUUUAUUAACACGUAAAUGCAAGUGUUAGAAACGAGUUAAAUUACAGUUCACAUUUCGAUUUAAUUUGUUAACCUUCAGCCGGGAUUUGAACCCAAGACCUUUGGAUCCGUUAACCAACGUUCUACCACAUAGCUAUGAUCCUUGAAAUCAGGCUGGUCAGGUUAGCAUAUAGUUUUACGAGCCUACAAAAAUUUCUUUUAUAUUUUGUUGCCUUCUAAUUUUAGUGCAAAAUUAAAUGUAUGUAUUUAAGGAUUUAUCAUCAUAAUUCGUAUUCAACUAUACGUUCUUCAUCAGAGUUGUAAUGUUUAUGAGUUAAAGCACUAUAUCUUUACUCUUAAUGAUUCUGUAACUCAUAAAUCAAAACCAUUACCGAAGACAUUGAAAUUCUACGAACAGUUUUAUUUUACCAUUGAAAUUUAUUUCUACAUUGAAUUGUAACUUGACUCUUUUGGGAAUUGAACCCUAGCCCUUUGACGAACCGAUCCGAUGCUCUACCGUUGAGCCAUGAGACUUACAUCUUUACUUUCAACUUUUACCAUUAGUUGAAAGGUAACUUGUACACACUUGUAAUAGUCAUUUUAACUAGCCCAAGGUAAAUUACUAGAACGAUUGUAAACUGUCAGUGAUAAUAAAGUGAAUCAGCAAA